AUGGCGGAGGACGACCCCGACGCCAACCUGGUGCCGCAGCUGGUGGAGAGCCUGGUGCUGCCGCAGGCAAUCGCCAUGGUGGAGAGCUGCUGGGACCCGUGCGACCCCCGCCAGAGCGCCGCGGUCGCAGCGCUGGCCGCUGACCUGUUUGUCUACGUGCCCGCAGACACCGAGGGCAUGGCGCGCCUGCUGGAAUCCAUCACGGCGACGCUGGAGGCGGCCGCCGCGGCGGCCACCGUGCCGGCGUGGCCGGCGGCGGCGGCGGACGCGGCGCCGCUCGCAAAGGCCGUCCUGCACCUGCGCUUCCGCCGCGCCGCGCGCCUGCUGCGCGGCGCGGCCGCCUUCCGGGAGCUGCUCAGCCAGCAGCUGCUGCUGCGCCUCUGCCUCCAGACGCUCGCCGCGCGCUCGCUGGCGCCGCAGGCGCGCGCCGCGGCCGCGUCGGGCGGCGCGGGCGGCCUGGUGAUGGCUGUGGCGCGGGCAGAGGCGGCGGUGCUGCCGCUGCCGGCGGCGUGGUUCAGGGAGGGCGCGCCGCCAGAGGCGGGGCCGCUGCUUGACCUGCUGCAGGCGCUCGCGCGCACACUGGAGUCGCAGCGCGCAGACCACUUGCAGCAGCAGCAGCAGCAGCAGCAGCAGCAGCAGCAAGGCGGCGGCGGGCCCGACCGCGCGGCGCUCGCGCGGCGGCUGGGGGCGUUGCUGUCACACGUGGGCAUGCGGCAGCGCGGCGAGACGCUGGCGCAGGCGUUCGGGGUGCGGCUGUGA